GGUAUGAGAGUUUUCGAAUGUGCAAGAUUCAUCUCACUUUCACAAGUUUGAAAUAUUAUCCCCACUUGUUACUAUGAUACCAUUUCAAUGAGUAAUUGAAUAUACAACGCAAUAUUCAAAUAUAUGGUAGAAAAAGAGGACAGUCGACUACAAAACCAAGACAUUUAGGUGUAUAAUCGCUGUAUGAAGCUCCAAAAAUCUUUGUAAAUAAUAUUAUUAUGCAUAACAUCUUUCUUUGAACACUUGGUUAAGGUACAACUUCACACUCUAGUAAUCACUUAAAUACCUUUUGAAGGCAUAACUGUGUGGUCUUAUUAAAUUUAAGUUAAAAAUUAUUAGAACCUUUAGAUAAAUGAAAUAAUGGUGUGUUUUUAGAGUGGGUCUUUUAGAGCGCAAUUCCAAACAUGAGCGCCUGGUGCUUCACCUCUGCUGUUUGGAGAUCAGGAUUCCAAAGAUACGUAUUACCGCGAAAUAUCCUGCACACUUUAUCUGUACCCAAUAAAAUUUUUGGAAAUCAACCACUUGCAUACCCAUGUCUAGCUCAAACACGGUCGAUAAAAAUUCUGCUCUCUAAACCUGAAGUGGAAAGUAAAGUUUUAGCUGUCUGUUCUGCGUUCGAUAAAAUUCAGUCCGAUAAGCUCACGCUUGAUUCUUCGUUUAUCAAAGAUCUCGGUCUUGAUAGUCUGGACCACAUAGAAGUAAUUAUGGAAAUCGAAAAUGAAUUCCGGUUUGAAAUAAGUGAUGUGGACGCCGAAAAAUUGCACACACCCCGUGAUAUUGUGGAACAUGUGUAUCAUUCAAUUAAAAGAGCAGAACCUUCAAAUUAA